GCCGCCGCUGAAGACGCUGAGGCGCCGGCGCAAGCAGGUCUGAGCCGGUCGAGCGCUCGGCUCCCCGCCCCCUCCUCGGCGAGGCCCGAUGACCUUUGGCCCGAGCCCCUGGGCGAGCAACCACACCGGCUCCAUGUCCGUCGCGGCGGUGCCGUGUUCCCUGGCCCUCAGGGCUUCCGAGCCCGCUCGCCGCCUCCAGCUCCUACAGCGUCUUUCUGCAAAGGGGCUCUCCCGCACCCUGCUCGCCUUCUUCGAACUGGCCUGGCAGCUGCGCAUGAAUUUCCCGUACUUCUACAUCGCGGGCUCCGUGAUCCUCAACAUCCGCUUACAGGUACACUUUUAGCGGUCCGUUUUUUUUUUUUUUUUAUGGCGGCCGGUCCGGCAUGAUGGCUGACUCCCAAGAGGCCUUGCGGCGGAGCGGCUGUGGCUGCUGGGAGCCCGC